AUGCAAUGGGAUUCUGUUGUGUCUGCUUCUCUGCUUAGCAAACUGAAUAGCAAUGGAGAAAUCAGGGGCCUCAUUGGCACCGUCGAGCUCCGAUGGCUCUCGAGAGCUUCAGUGCUUCUGUUCAGUAAUGAAAAAUAUGUUGCUGUUAGCUUGCAUCUCUGGGAUGUGUCACGACAGGUUACACCAUUAACUUGGCUUGAAGCCUGGCUUGACAAUGUCAUGGCAAGUGUGCCUGAGAUGGCCAUUUGUUAUCAUGAAAACGGUGUAGUGCAGGGAUACGAGCUUUUGAAAACAGAUGAUAUAUUUCUACUAAAAGGGAUCUCUGAGGAAGGCGCUCCUGCUUUUCAUCCUGAUGUGGUGCAGCAAAACGGCCUUUCUGUUUUGAGGUUCCUUCAAGAAAACUGCAAGCAAGAUCCUGGAGCUUAUUGGCUGUAUAAAAAUGUUGGGGAAGAUGUCAUUCAACUCUUCGAUCUUUCUAUUAUUCCCAAGAACUGUUCUUCUAAUGAUUGUGAUGAUAGCUCAAGCUCCCUUCCUUCUCUAUUGCAUCGAGGAAGAAGUGAUUCUCUGUAUUCAUUGGGGACUCUCUUGUAUCGAAGUGCUCACAGGCUUUCACUAUCAGUGGCUCCAAAUAAUAUGGCAAAGUGUGCAAGGUUCUUCCAAAAAUGUUUAGAAUUCCUAGAUGCGCCAGAUCAUCUGGUUGUGCGUGCAUCUGCACAUGAACAAUUUGCGAGGCUUAUUUUGAACCACAAUGAAGAGCUGGAAUUAGCGUCUGAUGACCUGCCUGUAGAAUGCGAACUUACCGUUACUGAUGCUGAAGAAGAUUCUUUGGACUUUUUAAGUAGCAUUUCUGAAUCGACGGUCCAUGAACAAUCCCGCCUGGUGGGAGAGGAGAAAUUGUAUGAUGAUGGUCAAAAUGUUGAAGAUUUAGUAACUGAAGCUUCAGUAAAGAUGACUUUAGAAGCAAAUGCAUAUUCUCCAAGAAAAUUGAUAACAGAAGGUAGCAUGGACUCCGGAGAUUUGACAGAAGCUGUACCAAAUUCCUCUGGUAUUGAAAGCUCUGCAGUUUGCAAAUUGCCUGCAACAAACGGACAUGUAGUUCAAACUGUUGCUGAACCAAUCUCUUCUAAGCUAGCUGCAAUACAUCAUGUUUCUCAAGCUAUUAAAUCUCUCAGAUGGAUGCGCCAACUGCAAACUAUUGAACAAGUUGAUGGACCAGGAGAAUGGCUUCCGACAUCAACAUUGGACCACAAGGUGCGGAAACUUGUUCUUUUGCUUGGAGAGUCGUAUUUGGCACUUGGGCAAGCUUAUAAGGAGGAUGGUCAGUUGCAUCAAGCAUUGAAGGUUGUAGAAUUGGCCUGUUCUGUAUAUGGAUCAAUGCCUCAGCAUCUGGAAGACACAAAAUUCAUUUCUUCCAUGAAUAGUUUCUUUUCAUCACCGAUAAAAUUCGAUUAUACAAAUAAAAGGACUACAUCAUCUAAUAGUGGUCAGGAAGAUCUGAGCUCCAGCUCCACCCAUGGUUGUCUUUCUUUCGAGCAGUUCUCAUCCAUCUACCUCUUCUGGGCCAAGGCAUGGACACUGGUUGGAGAUGUUUAUGUUGAAUUCCAUUUGGCUAAGGAUAGUACAAUCUCUCCACCAGCGGAGAGAAAAUAUUCUAUUAGAGAGUUGAAAGUAUCAUCUGAGGUUGUCAAAGAAGUUAAAAGGCUCAAGAAGAAGUUGGGGCAGUAUACACAAAACUGCAGUUCAUGUUCUCUAGUAAAUUGUAGCUGCCAGAGUGAUAGGGCAAGCAGUGGUAGCAGUGCAAGUAGUAGUAGUGGUGAUAUGGGCUCAGUAAGUUCUGGCAGGAAAUACAGUAAAAGACCAUAUGCCAAGAGCAAUGCCUUCCCCCUUUUAAGAGACCCAGAAGAUGAUAAUCUUUGUUUAAAAAUGGAGAGUGGAAAGGUUUCUGAUUGCGGAUAUCUACACCAAAAGAGAAAUGGCGAAACCAUAGUACAAUCUUCGAAUACAGAUCAGCUUGUAGUGAAACACAUGGAAUCUGGCAAUUUAGGAGUGGAUGACAUGGGGCCACUACUGGCCUCCCAAUCUAAUGGUUCUCUGAGAGAAACAACGAAAGUGAAAAAUGGAGGCAUAUUCAAGUACCUUGGUGGUCCUGCAGUUGCAGAUGCUGAAAACAAACUUUCAGAUGCCCUAUGCUGUUAUGAAGAAGCUUCAAAGGCAUUAGGUGGUCUUCCAUCCAGUUCUGCAGAACUACAAUCUAUAAUGAAAAAGAAGGGGUGGGUAUGCAAUGAACUGGGUCGAAACAGGCUUGAAAGGAAAGAACUAAAAAAAGCUGAAUUUGCUUUUGUAGAUGCUAUGAAAGCAUUUAGAGAAGUCUCUGAUCAUACCAAUAUCAUAUUGAUAAACUGUAACUUGGGGCAUGGAAGACGGGCAUUGGCAGAAGAGAUGGUAUCAAAGAUUGAUAGUCUCAAGUGGCAUCCAAUCUUUCAUAACGCAUACAACCAUGCACUGGAGACUGCAAAGUUAGAAUAUAGUGAGUCACUUAAGUAUUAUGGGGCAGCAAAAGUAGAACUCAAUGCUGUUGUUGAAGAGGUUGGCUCUGAAUUAAACAAAUUGAGGACUGAGGUAUAUACACAGUUUGCUCAUACGUAUCUGAGGCUUGGAAUGCUCUUGGCAAGAGAAGAUACAACUGUUGAUGUCUAUGAAACUGGAGUGAUGGUAGAUGUGCAUGUUGGUUUCACUAGUCCUAGUGGCAGAAAAUCAAGAAAACAAUCACGAAAGCAUGAGAUUUCAGCUAAUGAUGCCAUUAGGGAGGCACUGUCUGUUUAUGAAUCAUUAGGUGAAUUGCGGAAACAGGAGGCUGCAUAUUCCUACUUUCAGUUGGCUUGCUACCAAAGGGAUUGUUGUUUGAAAUUCUUAGAGCCAGAUCAUAAGAAAAACAACUUAUCCAAAGGUGAAAACACAAUUAUCCAACGGGUCAAGCAAUAUGCAUCCUUGGCGGAGAGGAACAUGCAAAAGGCCAUGGAUUUUUAUCGCCCAAAAACGCAUCCUACCAUGUACCUAACUAUUCUUAUAGAGAGAGCAGCUCUUUCACUGAGCCUUUCAAGCCGUUUACACUCAAAUGCAAUGUUGGAAUCAGCUUUGUCUUGCUUGCUUGAAGGACGGUAUGUGUCGGAAACAGACUUGGACUCUUCGAAAACCAACCACCUCGAGGUACAUGCCAAGUUUUGGAAUCAGUUGCAGAUGCUUUUGAAGAAGAUGCUGGGUAUGGCGCUUUCCUCACGCGCAAGCAAAUCUUCGGUUUCUCAGCCAGCUUCAGCAUCCAACAGGUGUGUGGAUACUGGCAAACUGAGGGAGCUUUACAAAUUAUCCCUCAAAUCCACAAAGUUGAAUCAAUUGGAUGCUAUGCACUUCUUGUGGACAUCAUAAUCUUAUGGUUUGUUUGGAUGUGCUUUUAAAAUGACUGAAAGCGCUUUUAGAGAAUGUUUUUGGGUUUCAAAAGCACUUUAAGUGCUUUCUACAAGAAACACCAAUUAUGUGCUUGCACUUUAAGUGUUUUUUCAGAAUUUACUAACAUUUUAACUAAGGAUUUUUUCCAAAAAUAUUUUCAUCAAAAGCUCUUUCAGUCAUUUUAAAAGCACAUCCAAACGAGUUCCUAAUCUAGAACUUGUUUUUGCGCAACCACCCGAUCGCACUUAUAUGUCGAUAACAGACUAACAGAGUGGAGAGAGAGAGAGAGAGAUAGAGCUUGGGUUUGUAAUAUUUUGUAUUCUGCACUGGAUAUCAUACCACCACAGCAUUGCUUCAGGAAUUGACAUGCAUUGUAUGUAUGUGUUGUAUUGUAUGCAUGCACGCAUGUAUGUAUUUAUGUAAGUAAUAUGUAUUGAGAUAA